UCAUAUAUUUCGGAACAAGCUCUUUCGUAAACCCCGAAGUAAUAAAAUUCAAUUACUGUUAUAACUAAGAAAUAGGCUGAACAAUAAUAUAAAUCUCCUCUCUCUACCUAUUUCUUUUUAAUGAGCUGCUGCUCCGUCAAGGUCGUCGCCUGCUUUAACAAGCAGACAAACCAUUCGCCGCUCAAUGAUGCACUGGGCCCAUUUCCGGAUGAGGUCAUAAUGUCGGCGCUGGAUCGCAUUCUGUACUACUCAGGCGCAACCAAAAUAUGCCACAAGCUCGAUAUGGCUGCCAUGCGGCAAAGCUUGGCUUCUGCUCCGACAGCGGAGGCGACAGCUUGUCCGGCAUUGUGUCCCAAGGUCAGUGGCUCUUCCGUUUGCAGCGGAACAGGCGGGGUGGCUAAGAGCAACAGCAACAGCAGUUUGAGUAAAUAUGCCAGUGCCAAGUCGACGACGAAGUGUAAAUCGCCAACCGUAUCCUGCACUCCACCAAGAACGUCCAGUCAGAGAUCCAAGUGUACCAUAGGCAAGCCCGUGAGCUAUCCACGACUUCGUACGCCACGCGUGGACUUUGCCCAUCCGGUGAGCGAUACUCGCCAGGUCGCUGGCGGCCCAACCAUACCGGAGCGCCUGAAGCGCUCGCUCUCGACCUGCUCCAUAGCAUAUCGUCACCUAAAAACCAAGCUGCAUGAUUGCGGACAAAAAUGGCUGUGGACGCGCUUGAUGCGUUCCGACAAUGGCUGCCACGUCUACGAGGUUUACAAGAACUCGGAUGUGGAACGUGCCCCUUGCAAAAUGUCGGGUGCCAAAGAACCAGUCAUCCUCUUUCUGGUCAUGCCCAACGGCCAAGUCAUGCCAUUCGAAUCGCUGUCGACCUACUAGAGAUUGGAGGCACAGAUAAUAUUAAUAUUUGAUAUUUUGGGUUGAAGCAUAGCUAUUCGAAAUUUCUGUACGCCUAUGUGCAUUACAAUAGACGUUUUUAACGUGUUGUAGCUUAUACAAAAUAGUUUUUAUAAUCAUUAUUUUUUAACAUCUAUAUGGUGCGGAUAGCCACUAAAUUUUAAAAAUUGCGAAAUAAAUUAGG